AUGUCUGUCGAUCUGAGGGAGCGUAAGGAACAGUUUGUUACUGGCCUUCAAGGGGGGUCCAUCGAAGAGAUCAACACCGUUACAGCGGUGGCUCCUCUUGUGUAUUUCUGCUGGAAUCUGUUGUCAUCAUCCACUUAUGGCUCGAAUCUAAUGGUGGAUUUUGCAUUGAACUGGGUAUGCCCACUUCUUUGCAUUACAACGUAUUCUAGUAGGGUUGGAUUAUUGUACACAUUGAUUUCAGUCCCCUGUAUUUCCAUAUGGUUUAUCAAUAGAAUGCAAGCAGGUUCUCAAAAGACUACUCACAAGAAAAAGGCUGGUUCUGCAGAUCCCCAGAAGUUCCAAUUGACCAAAAAACCAUUUAUUACUGCUUAUCGUAGUGGCAUGCUCGUUCUCACUGUACUUGCCAUUCUAGCGGUGGAUUUCCCAGUCUUCCCAAGGAGAUUUGCCAAAGUUGAGACUUGGGGAACUUCUUUAAUGGAUUUGGGGGUUGGUUCAUUCGUAUUCAGCAAUGGACUUGUAUCUGCAAGAGCCCUUCUAAAAGAACGCCUUCAUCCAGAGAGAAAACUGAGUCUAGCCAAGAAAUCUCUCAUUGCCGUAAGAUCUAUGGUAACGUUGUUAAUCAUUGGUUUAAUUCGACUCUGUUUUGUGAAAAAUUUAGAGUAUCAGGAACAUGUUACAGAAUAUGGUGUUCAUUGGAACUUCUUCAUCACCUUAUCACUUUUACCGCCAGUGCUUGUGUUUUUAGAGCCUAUUACUCACUACAUUCCAAGAUUUGCCAUUGCGACAGCAACAUCUAUUAUUUAUGAGAUUAUAUUGGCUAGAAACGAGAAAGUGUUAAAUUUUUUGGUUUUGGCACCUCGUACAGAUUUCUUCAGCGCCAAUAGAGAAGGUAUAGUAUCCUUCACCGGUUAUUGUUCUAUCUUCCUCUGGGGACAAACCACAGGCUUCUACAUUUUGGGCAACAAACCAACUAAAAAUAAUCUUUACAAGCCAUCGGUUGACCCAUUACUUGAACCAAAAGGCACCCAAAAAAUAUCAUCGUGGGAUAAAUGGACCACAGUAAGCCCUUUAACAGGACUUUUCCUUUGGACUGGGGCGUUUUUCAUUUUAUUUUUCUUCGUAUUGCCUGUGCUUCCCUUCGACGUAUCUAGAAGAUUUGCCAAUUUACCUUAUGUUAUAUGGGUUGUGGGAGUCAACCAAGGUGGAUUAGCCGUUUACUGCUUAAUUGACAUUAUCUUUGGGCUCAAUGAUGCUAACUACAAGAUACCUACUAUAUUGGAAGCAUUAAACUGCAAUGGAUUACUCAUGUUUUUACUCUCAAAUGUGACUACAGGUCUGAUCAACAUGUCAAUGGUAACCAUUGAUGCUUCAAAUACGGUUUCUGUGAUUACGUUACUUCUAUAUUCAUCGUUUUUAACAGCUGCCGCUGUUAUCCUCUAUCAGAAAAAAAUCUUCAUCAAAAUAUGA